AUGUCGGGCCCCCGCGCCGGCUUCUACCGGCAGGAGCUGAACAAGACGGUGUGGGAGGUGCCGCAGCGGCUGCAGGGCCUGCGUCCGGUGGGCUCCGGCGCCUACGGCUCGGUCUGUUCGGCCUACGACACGCGGCUGCGCCAGAAGGUGGCGGUGAAGAAGCUGUCGCGCCCCUUCCAGUCGCUGAUCCACGCGCGGAGGACGUACCGCGAGCUGCGGUUGCUCAAGCACCUGAAGCACGAGAACGUCAUCGGGCUUCUGGAUGUCUUCACCCCGGCCACGUCCAUCGAGGACUUCAGCGAAGUGUACUUGGUGACCACCCUGAUGGGCGCCGACCUGAACAACAUUGUCAAGUGCCAGGCGCUGAGCGACGAACACGUCAAGUUCCUGGUUUACCAGCUGCUGCGCGGGCUCAAGUACAUCCACUCGGCCGGGAUCAUCCACCGGGACCUGAAGCCCAGCAACGUGGCUGUGAAUGAGGACUGCGAGCUCAGGAUCCUGGACUUCGGGCUGGCGCGCCAGGCUGAUGAGGAGAUGACCGGAUACGUGGCAACGCGCUGGUACCGGGCACCUGAGAUCAUGCUGAACUGGAUGCACUACAACCAGACAGUGGACAUCUGGUCUGUGGGCUGCAUCAUGGCUGAGCUGCUCCAGGGAAAGGCCCUCUUCCCGGGAAAUGACUGUAUCCUUGGCCCAGCUGUAGGCUCUGGGCAGUGCCCCAAGAUCUUGUGUCUGGGGGCCGGGAAAAGUCCAUGGCUGGCCAGUGGGAGUUUCCUGAGCGAGGUAGACAUUGACCAGCUGAAGCGCAUCAUGGAAGUGGUGGGCACACCCAGUCCAGAGGUUCUGGCAAAGAUAUCUUCAGAACAUGCCCGGACAUACAUCCAGUCCCUGCCCCCCAUGCCCCAGAAGGACCUCAGCAGCAUCUUCCAUGGAGCCAACCCUCUGGCCAUAGACCUCCUUGGAAGGAUGCUGGUGCUGGACAGUGACCAGAGGGUCAGUGCGGCGGAAGCGCUGGCCCAUGCCUAUUUCAGCCAGUACCAUGACCCUGAGGAUGAGCCAGAGGCAGAGCCCUAUGAUGAGAGCGUCGAGGCCAAAGACCGCACGGUGGAGGAGUGGAAGGAGCUCACCUACCAGGAAGUCCUCAGCUUCAAGCCCCCAGAGCCUCCAAAACCGCCGGGCAGCCUGGAGAUUGAGCAGUGAGGCGCUGCCCAGCAGCCACCCUUGAACCUGUGGAGGGGCCAGAGCCUGCACCCUCCCUCAGUGGGUCAGGUUUCCUCUACACCCCUAUGGCCAGGCAGCCCUGACCCCUGGUCUGGGACCCCAUGCCUUGAGGAGAGUCUACACACAUGUGACUGCACAAACCUUUGUGCACGUGUGCUUGCCAUGUGUAGGACUCUGGGCACAGGUGUCCCUGGGUCUACUUUGGUCCUCCUACCCGCUCCUGGCCACAGGGCUCUCCCUUGGGACCUCCCUGUGGGGGGCCUGGAUGCCACAGGGAUCCCCCUGGGGAGUGUGUCUGUCUCUGGACCUCCUCUGGCUCAGAGAGCUAUGGGGGGUGCACUGGGGCCAGGGGCUCAGUGGGUAGAGCUGCUCAGCCUGGAAGUGGGGGCUGCCCUGGUGGUUGCUGAGACCCACAGACCCAAGAGCUGAGGCAGGGCUAGUGCACCACCAGGCUCAGCAGGGUCUUCCCUGUGGGGGUAGCAGGGCAGGACAACCACCAGGUGUCAAAUGAGAAAGGCUGCCUGGAGCCUUGUGCCACCUGUGGGGUCUGUGGGCACACGGACAUGAACAUGUGGUCCCAGCGUUCACAUGUCAGGACGUGUGCUAGGCAGGGGAAUCUGCGGGCACGCAAGGGCCAGGAGCCAUGUCGGGCAGGGGCCUGAGUUUGGGUGGGUGUGCUACUGCCUCGCCUCCCCUUAGUUCGUGAUGCCACAGGGGGUGGUGAGAUCCAGGCUAGGGGCUCCAGUGGGCCAAGGGGGCAGCCACUUGGGGGCUUUCUCCUGGGAGCUCCAGCUGGUCCGAGGCAUGAGGCACACUCCAGUUGUUGGGGCCGGGGCUGGGGGUGCAGCCUCGAGAACACUAAGGCAGGCAGCACGCACGGAUGUGGACUUGGACACUUUUGCCGGACCUCAGCCCGGAGCUGACCACCUCCACCGCUCUCUACCUCUGCCCUCGUGGUGGCUGCAGCUGGAGGUCCGAGGUGCUCUGGUCUGCGGGUCAGCUCCCAGAGUGGGGCGAAUGGACUAACCUUUGGGACAGGACUGCCCAGACACGUCGGGUGUGGCUUCUCCCUGGAGAGGUGGUAGCCUCUUGCCUGGAGGGGUCCAGGGAGGUCUGGGGCCAAGUGCCUGCACCAGGGGUGCACAAUAAAGAGGAUCCCUCCUGUU